AGAAGUAUACAAAACAACAAAGUGAUAAUUUCAAUGAACAUACGGAAUAAAUUUGUUUUUAUCAGCAUUUCUCCAAAAAAAUUUCACAACUAUAUUGCGUAGCUUUUAGUGCAGUUUAUUAGUAAAGCUUAAACUUAAAAAUGACCACAAAAUAUGCUAUGCUGGCACGGACAUCACGUUUGCAGUCGGUUGCAUCGACUGAGGAGCUUGAAGAAGCUUCAACAGAGCUGCAGAAUUUCACAGUUGCUGCUGGCACACUCAUAAAAGUUGCAUCAGAGCCAUCAGCUCCUACGCACAACUUACAAGUGUUUGUUUAUGAUCCAGUGCUCCGUGAACCCAACACAACGCGCAUAUAUCAAUGCGCGCAAGAUAGUUUAUUGCCCGUGUCUGAUGAUUUAUGGCCAUUUAUCGUGAGCAUACCAGAACCAAACCGUCGCUUGCAACUUGUACAAGAUAGCAGUCGUUGUAACUGGUUAUAUACCGCAAUGCCAGGUGAUGUAGUUAGUGUACCGGCUCGCUACUUUGAUCGUGAUGAUUUUAGGCUUUUUGACUGCAUUAUUUGUUAUAUUGGUCCAGUACCGGAAAUACAUCCAGUUGGUUAUUUCUUUGCCUUGGAAUUGCUGGAUGAUGUUCAAUCUCCACAAGCUGCUGAUAUAUCUUUUACAAGGAAAUAUUUCGCUUGCGAUGCGGAUGCGGCAAUAUUUAUUACAGCUGAUCGCAUUUUACCGACACCAUCAUCGCAAGACGAAGAAAUCGAAAGUGCAAAUGAAGCGCCAGAAAAUAGCUGGUCUUUCACUAAUUUUAUACAAAAUACCGUAGAUAGUAUUCGUGCAUCACUGCCGUUAUAGGUGCUAGCAUUAAAUUAAUAACUGAUAAGAUGAAAUUUGGAGGAGAUAUUUCAUGAAAUUUCAUCAUUUUUUUUCAUAAUGGAUUCCAUACUAUAUUUAAUUUCGUAUAUACAUAAAUAUAAUAAUUACUUAUUUUUUAA